CUUCACUGCUGUCGCGCGUUGCGUUACGUGGCUCCGUCGAAAAAUAGCAAAACAGAGCUGUGAGUUGGCUCUAUAAAAGUCGCUGAUUGUGGAUCGUUUUAUUUUUCUUGUUAUCAACGUGUUUAAAAACCUUUACAGCCCCAAAUUUGGGUCUCGAGUGUGCUAUAAACUAUAAUUAACUUUCUGGUGCACAGCAACGACAAACGGCAAAACUAAUUUAUGGCAUUAAAAAUGCAUAUUUUCUAGCAGUGCGUUGCCAGUUUUUAUCAUUUGCCAAGUGAGAAAGGCGUGUGCUAAGGCAGCAGCAGGCGCUUUCAGUUGCGGCGCCCGAAAGUGUGCAGCGCUCUCUGACUGCGUGUUCGUGUGUGCAAGCGUGUGGUUGUGUGCGUGCGCGUGAGUGUGUCCGUGUCCGUCUCUGUACCAGAGUGUGUGUGUGUGUGUGAGUGCGUGUGCGAGUGUUUGUGUGCAGUUUAUGCGAUCUGCGAGCAGCUCAUGCAGCUAAAAUUGGAUUCGACUGGCACAAAGGAGCAUUAGAGCAACUGAGCCUGAAAAUUUCCUCAACCUUUACACCACACGCCCGCUGCUUUAGCUGCUUCUUCGGCAUCGUCUUCAUCAACAUCAUUAUCAUCAUCUGCAGCAGCAGCAUCGCAUGAUAAUUCACUGCUUUGGCCCCGGACUGGCAACGAAAUGGCUUUCCUAUGUAUAACGCUGGCCACAGUAAUGAAAUGGCGACCUGUGGUGACAUAUCGAUGAUCUCGCCGCCAACGUCUUCCAUUUCAAACGAUCAAGAUCCGUUUGGACAGCUGCCACCGUUACCACCGCCGUUGCGUUCCACUCAAGUGCUUCAGCCAUUGAGCGUAUUUCCAGUGUCCAAUUUGAGCGAAGAUUCUUACGAUUAUGUUUUUGGUGGUCGACGUAAGACUCCGCCCACAACAACGUCAACACAACUUAAGCUGACCUCGCCGCCAGUGCGCUUGCGACCCGAAGACGCCUAUCGAGGUGAAAAUAUAAACAACGGCCGUUUCUAUCGUCAUUCCUUCAGCUACGCCCCCAAACGCCAGCGCCACUCCGGCCGUGAUGAUCGUGACCGCGAGUCAAGAUUGAGAUGUCAUGGCGAGGAUGAGGCAACACUGCGCCAAUUGCUGCUCGAUUUGCAAAAGCAAGUUAGCGUGAUGAGCAUGAAUCUAUCAGCGAAACUCGAUGAGCUGCAGCGAGGCGAUCGACACCUGGAGACGACAGUCGCCUUGUGCGAAAUCCGCACACAGCUGCAAGAGCUGACCAAGUCCGUGGAGAGCUGCCAAAGUGAGGUAUCGGAGGUCAAACGUGACAUGGUGGCAAUCAAACACGAACUGGACACCGUGCAGCAGGUGAAGGAAGAAAUUGAGGAGCUGCGCGAAUAUGUGGACAGACUGGAGGAGCACACGCACAGACGGAAGCUAAGACUUUUAGAACAAGUUUGUAGCUUAAAUUAUUUGCCAUGUUGUGGUCUCACCUUCUUCCUCACCUACUCUAUUUUCUCGGCGGUGCUGGGCAUGUUGCAAUUUGGCUACAACACUGGAGUCAUCAAUGCGCCCGAAAAAAAUAUUGAGAACUUUAUGAAGGACGUGUACAAGGAUCGCUAUGGCGAGGACAUUAGCGAGGAGUUCAUACAACAGCUCUACUCGGUAGCUGUCUCCAUAUUUGCUAUUGGUGGCAUGCUCGGUGGUUUCAGUGGUGGUUGGAUGGCCAAUCGGUUUGGCAGAAAAGGCGGUCUAUUGUUGAACAAUGUGCUUGGUAUAUCGGGCGCCUGUUUGAUGGGUUUUACCAAAGUUAGUCAUUCCUAUGAAAUGUUAUUCCUUGGCCGAUUUAUAAUAGGUGUUAAUUGCGGUCUCAAUACAUCAUUGGUGCCAAUGUACAUCUCUGAAAUAGCACCACUGAAUCUACGCGGUGGUUUAGGUACUGUUAAUCAAUUGGCUGUGACUGUAGGUUUACUAUUAUCCCAGGUGCUGGGCAUUGAACAAAUCUUAGGCACUAAUGAUGGCUGGCCCAUUCUGCUGGGUCUGGCCAUAUGUCCAGCAAUAUUGCAAUUAAUAUUACUGCCAGUUUGUCCCGAAUCCCCAAGAUACUUGCUCAUAACCAAACAAUGGGAGGAGGAGGCGCGUAAAGCACUGCGUCGUCUUCGCGCCUCCGGUUCCGUGGAUGAGGACAUUGAGGAGAUGCGUGCCGAGGAGCGCGCUCAACAGGCCGAGAGCCAUAUAUCGACCAUGGAGCUAAUUUGCUCGUCUACGUUGCGUCCGCCGUUGAUCAUUGGCAUUGUGAUGCAACUGAGCCAACAGUUUAGCGGCAUCAAUGCCGUUUUCUACUACUCCACAUCGCUCUUCAUGAGCUCUGGACUGACCGAGGAAAUCGCCAAGUUUGCCACGAUAGGCAUCGGCGCCAUUAUGGUUGUAAUGACUUUGGUGUCUAUACCGCUAAUGGAUCGCACUGGUCGCCGUACAUUGCACUUGUAUGGGCUGGGCGGCAUGUUCAUCUUCUCGAUAUUCAUAACGAUUUCCUUUUUGAUUAAGGAAAUGAUCGACUGGAUGUCCUACCUAUCUGUGGUCGCUACAUUGGGCUUUGUUGUGUUCUUUGCCGUGGGACCCGGCUCCAUACCCUGGAUGAUAACGGCGGAGCUCUUCUCCCAAGGACCACGGCCCAGCGCCAUGGCCAUUGCCGUGCUGGUCAAUUGGAUGGCCAACUUUGUGGUCGGCAUUGGAUUCCCCAGAAUGAAGAACUCACUGGAGAACUACACAUUCUUGCCAUUUAGCGUUUUCUUAGCCAUAUUUUGGAUAUUCACCUACAAGAAGGUUCCUGAGACCAAAAACAAAACCUUUGAGGAAAUCUUGGCACUCUUCCGUCAUAAUAACGGCAGGAGUAUGCUAAACUGCACAAAUAGCUUGGAGCCACAAAGUAUGAAUUCUGGCAUCGAGCAUGCCGCAUUGAUGGUAUCUGAGGAGAAGACCCAACAUGACUCACUCUUUGGUACGACUUCGUUCUCGUUAACGGUUGAAGGCAUGGGUCCAUAUCCGUUAAGUGAUAGCACCAAUCUCUUGGGUCCAACGUCGACGAGUUAUACGAGCGGCGGUGUCGGUGGAGCCGGCUCCACAGCUUGCUAUACAAACUACGGUACAAAUAUACAAACGCCAGUUCCUAAUCGCAAAUGCUACUACAAUGAGUCUGACUAUGGGCGAGAUGAUAGCUUUCGCAGGCACUCGGCGCAUGGAAGAAUGUCAUCUGCAUCCGAGCGAUUUUUAGACGGCGGCCGAAGUACACACCAGGGCCGGAGCGCUGCCUCUGCGCCCCAUCACCUUCGUCAGCAAGCACCUGCCUGCCAGAACAGCGGGCCUUGACUGAGGAACGGCUCACCUCCUGAAACUGCCAGUGUACAUUCAACGAGUCGCGCUGAGGAGGAGCAACAGCAGCAGCAUCAAUCCUCCUCCUCCGCCGUAAACUCAGCCGCUGCAGUCGCAACACAGCCCCAGCAUCAGCAUCAACAUCAAUCCUGUUACACUUCACACGAUUACGUGCAUUGUAGCUAUGAGAAAGAUUUCGUAUGUGAUCAAACGCCGCCGCUAACAUCGAACAACACCCAGCACAAGCAUGAACCGCCCCAGCCACAGGAGGCAGUUGCCGUGAUCUCACAUUGCCAUCAAACACAGCAGCCAUCGCAGCGCAAACACAGCCACAGUCACAGUCCGCAUCAUAGUCGCCACACAUCCCCGCACAGUCAUCACUCCCAUCUGGGUCAAAGUCAGGGUCAGGGUCAGGGUCAGAGCCACAGUCAGAAGCAGUCACAAUCACACUCGCACCAUCAUCAUCGCCGCCGACGUCGGCAGCACAGCGUCGCUGCUGUAGGAGGCAGCGGCAGCAGCAGCUUGCCAGGCGCCCACACACAUCACUCGUCCUCCGGGGGCGGGCAGAGCACUUCGCGACAUGUGUGCAGCAGUCGACGUCAUCGCUCGGUCACGGAUGUGUCCUGCAAUUCGAUCAACGCUUGCCAGGAUGCAGUCUGUGCCGACCGUGAGGUGCAGGAGAUAAUGGUGCGUAAAUCCUGCUGCAGUUCAUCCCGUACGGAGCUGGCCCAGUACUUUGCAGAAGAUCUGUAUGGCACAUCAUCGCGUCGUCCCAGCUCCUGCUGCACCAGCUCUGACUAUUGCUACCAAACGGACUCCACUAGUCUGUACGGCUCGCGUUCUUCCUUGAGCCGCAACAACUCCAUAAAGUCCGCAUCGGCCGCCAUGCGCAAGCAGCACCGACUGCAAGCACGUCAACCCAGCUACACAUCGAUAUCCUUGCGUGGCCUGAAUGCCAGUCGUCCAAACAGUCAACUCGGCUCGCUGACUUCUAUAUUCGAUCGAGCCAAGCAAAUUGCCGACGAGAGCAACCAUCUCGAGCAGCGUCUGGCAACGGUAACGCCCUCCCACAGCUCUACAUUGGAGCGACACAGUUCGAAGGGCGCGCUGAGCAAUGAGCUGCCCGAGUACGCAUGCUCGCCAUCGCCCAUACGCUGGAGUUUUCUAGCCGAUGGUAAAUCGCCUACAGAAUUAGAGCUGGAGGGCGCCGUUGGUGGUACUGCUGAGGCAGUGGAGGCAACCGCGGAGGAUAAGAUGGAAGCCUGGCAUGUGCCCCAGCCGGAAAUGAAGCCAUGUCGCAAGAUGACCAGCAACACGGAGACCAACAACUGGAAGAACACUCUAUACGAUGAGAGACCCAGUACCUCGGCAGCAGCACGCAAGCGACGCGGCAGCAGCUAUCACUGCGAGUUCGAGGAGUCUACAACGAUAUUGUUUCAUCAGGAUCAGGAGGGCGAGGCGUACAACAACUGUUGCAACAACUACAUACAAUGUAACACCUAUCUAGAUCAGGAUCUGCAAAUAACCAGCGAGGACAUACAUCAGUAUCUGUCUAAGGGCAAUCCGAUGGUUGGCGAUGUGCUCAACAAUUCCAAGAACUAUCCAUUUCAGCCUAGCAAUGCGCUUGAGUUUCAGUACAAGAACAACUUUCAGCAGGGCAACAACAACACUAACAACAACACCAACACCACAAACACUGCUUCCAGCGAUGCUGGCGAAUGUUUCCAGCGCUAUGAACGCAGCUAUCAAGCCAGCUCCAGCAAGGAAACGAAUCUGAAUCAGAACACAAGUGGAGCCCAGGGCCCGCCUGAGCCAUUGUCCCCCAGCAACAUUAAUCUGUCGAGCAGCAGCAACAACAUCAACAUUGUGUUUGGCAGCAACAACGGCCAGGAACGAAAUGCUAACGAGGUGAAGUUCAUCAAUAAUCGGGUGGGCGAACGAGAUGGCGAGGCGUCGGUUAGCUCUGAAGCACAUCACGCCGGAUACCUGCCCUACACGUAUCCCAGCUAUGAUUAUUCCAACAUGUCUGGCAAUUCACACUUCGAAAAGCCGCUGGCCAUUGAUGAGCUGCCCAAGGAGUUUGCUGGCAUUCAUUUGGAUGGCGGCGGCUCUACGACCAGCGAGCACUCGUCGUCAUUGCACUUUGACUCCUUUGAUAACGCCUCGGAGCAAAAUUUGCUAUCGCAGCCAAUGUCGCCUGGGUCACCGGCAUCGGUUUCAGUCAAUCCUGCCGGCGAUGGUUACAUGCACCACGCCCACUUUGAUCAGCAUCAGCCGCAUUAUCAUGGCCAGUACACGCAUGCGCAUCACUUGCACCCACAUAUGCACAGCCACGCCCAUGCCCAUGCCCAUCACAGCACCAGCACCAACAACAGCACGCAUCUCUAUGGCACCCACGGCCUGGCCGAGGACCAGUUCCGGCUGGGCAACGCCCUCAAGAAGGUGCGCAAGCGUGCACGCAAAUACACAGACUUCCUGCGCAAGAAGUGAGCCGAGAUCGUGAGCCAGACUUCUGCUGAUUAGCCUUACUAUUCCCAUCUCUAGAUUCGCCCUACUUUGGCCGAAAGUAUGUGGUCGUCUCGAAGUCGCAAGCGAUGCAGCCGCGACGCUCGCAAAGCUUGGAUGAGGAUUAGCUGUGGAUGGACCAUUCAAUUGCAUUUUCAGCUCACACUUUUCAAAAAGCAAUAAUUAAACAUUUUUCGUAGACACACACAAAAAGCGCGAAAUUAAUAAAUAACUUAAAUUUGUACACUGCCAAAUGAUAAAGAAGAUUAAAAUUAAUGUUUAUUUGUGGUAAGCUAAAUUGUAUUGUGCGAUAUACAGACAGACAGACACACACACACACACACAUACAUACACACUAAAGCAUAUUAAGUCAUUCAAAUACGGCAGCCAGCUACCAAAUAACAAGAAGAACAACCACAACAACGACUAUUUUAAAAAUACCUAAGCUAACAGUGCGUAUACAUGAUAAGGAUGAAAAUUUGUAUAUUCAACUUAAAUAUUAAGAACAGGUUUUGAAUUUGCAUAUUUAACUUAAAGAUAACAAAAACAAAAUGAAAACAAAAAAUCAGAAGCAAAUGGAAAUAAUAAUGCACAACUACCAAAGUAUAGUUUUAAAACAAAAACAAAAUGAAAUGAGAAGAAUUAAACAUCUUUAAAUAAUUAUUUAUUAGAGUUAAGUGAUCGACGGAGCGCUACGAGAUUUAGAGUUUCAGCAAAUGCAGUAAGAAUAACAACAAAAUAUUAACUAUUUAACUACUACAAAAUUAUUAACAUAUGCAAGCAAAACAACUGUAGCAGACACAUACAAAUGCAAAGCUAUUGAGCAUUCCACUAAAUCAGUAAGUUAAUCUUAGAUAUUGCAUAUAGGAAAGUGAUUUUUGUUGUUGUUCUUUUUUUUGGAAUUAUUUACAAUUUGAUAUGCGAAUUUUUGUGGUUGGUAUGGAAUUACACAAGUUUUUUCAGGGAAUGCUUGCAAUUUAUGUAU